AUCAUGCGGAUCUGUUUACAGACUGGUUUUAUUCUUCGCAAAGUCUUUCCAACCAACCAGUUAACUAGUCAAACUGGUUUGAAGAUAUGUCCGGGGAAGAUAACGAAAGAGGCGUCUCAGUAAGAAAGUGCGUGGGAGUACAUAUAAGGAUCGAUGCUGCGUAUCCUAUACGCAUUUCCAUUGUUCUAUAUGUUCUGUAGCAAGUCUCACAAAUUUUCGACACCAUGACUACAAUCUUUGAGGCAAUCACAAUUCUCAGGCAGGUUUUUGACAAGUAUGCUGGGAAAGAAGGAGAUCCAAAGACUCUAACAAAGAAGGAAGUCUUAGAACUGCUGAAGGAGCAGCUUGGAGAAGCUCCUUCAAGCAAAGCAGAAUUGGACGAUUUUUUCAAUAUGCUCGAUGAUGAUGGCGACGGCGUUGUCGAUUUCAACGAGUAUGUGGUCCUAUGCGCAAGCUUGGCUUUGAUGUUGGCCCCCUAAAGGAAAGAACAGUCUCUUAGUUCUGGUUUACUUCACUUAAAAUAAGUGUUUGUUUUUUUUUUAAAAAAGGUAACAACCAUGAACUACUGUUGAAUCUCUUUUAAAUGUGCUUUUUUUGCAACCACCAUAAUGUGUAGUCUUGUGCAAGCCAUGCUAAACUUUUCUCUUUCCCCCCCAUGAAACCUGAAGUUGUUUGAACUGUACUUGCAUGUUAUUUGACUGUCCGAUGGUGGAUUCUAACAAAAUGCAAAUAAAAUUUGAAUCUCUAUCAAAUUAA